UAUAGCAUGCUUUUCCCGAGUUACUUCAAUGCCAGAGGGACCCCAAGAAUUAAAUGCUUUAAGCGUUUGUGCUGUGCAAUAUUUUACGAAUACAUCAUAUUCAACUUGUGCAUCAAAUUUAAUGGCAUUGUCAACGUCAGCUUUAAACGUUCAGCCUUCAGGUUGUUAUAUGGGAUAUUGUGAUUUUGCACGAUGCUUAAGAAGAAUUAAUUCUAUAAAUUUGAUAACUCAAUGCACGAGAGAAGGUAGAACUGGUGUAAAUAUAACAAUUGAUAGCAAUAACGUAAGAUUUUACACAAAUGUAACUUCGUGCAUUCUUGCUAAAUCAAGAUGUGGUACAUUUAAUCCUAUUACUGGAGAUCCACAAACACCAGGAUAUACUUCGUCAGGAUUAAGACUCAGUAACGCACUUCAGUUUUCCGAAACUGGUGAACUUAGAAUAUUAGCAUUUUCGACGGCAACACCUGUUUCCACUUCAUUUUGCUCAACUUCAACUAAUUUAACUCAAACAAAUUGGCUUACAAAUAUAUGUUAAUACAUUCUUUAUCCACAUUGUAAUGACUAACGUUUUUUUU